UUGGUCCGAAAGUGAACCGGAAUGGUGCGUUGGCCAAUGAAAUCCUCGGCGUCCCCAGCGCCAAUGUUACCAGUACUUGGGGACAUAAUAUAACCUCCUAUCUCACUUCUACGGCCUUUUCGCGGAUUAAGAGUGUCUUCUGAGUAUAUAGCAACAGUCCUGUGAAGAAUUCCAACCCCCUGCAGUAAUUCUUGUUGUGGAGGGAAGCCUGUGAAGGGCGAGAAAUAAAGGUGUUGGCGCUGGGUGUGUGUGGGCGCGUGGUGGCAGCGUUGUGAUGGCCGCAGCCUGACGUGAGUCCCGCUGUUGUUGAGUCCACGCCAUGGCCGCCGCCGCCGCUAUGAAAGACCCCAGGACUUUCUUUACACAGGGCACCGCUGCUCAGUUUGACUUUGUGUACAACUUAUACGAGGAAGCGGUAAAGCUGAAGGCAGAGCAGAAAAAUAGGAAGCCUGAAGAGUUUUUGAAGCUGGAUAAAUGGUACCAGAAAGAGUUGCCUGUCAGGAUAAAGGCCCGGGGGAAGGAGGCUCACCUAACUCAUGAAGAACUUUGCCUUUGUAUGAAGUGGAAGCUCUCGCGUGGAAAGUUUUCUCCAAGAUUAAAGGAUCUAAUUCAAAUGAACACUCCCCGCCUCUGUAUUUCUGAAACCAAAAAAGCUUUCCGCCAGCUGCAGAAGAGAGAAGACCUACCCUCUGCCGUCCAAGCCUUAUGUAACUUGAAAGGUGUUGGUCCUGCGAUGGCCUCCACAAUCCUGACGGCUGGAAAUCCCGAGAUGUGUGGCUUUAUGGCUGAUGAGUGCCUCUUGGCAAUUCCAGAAAUUGAAGGAAUUGAUUACACCACUAAAGAACUCAUUAACUUUGUUGAACAACUGAAAACUGCAGCUAAUAGAUUAAACAAAGAAGGCUCUGAAAACCAUUGGAAUCCACACAAAGUCGAGAUGGCACUCUGGGCACAUUUUGUGCUGGGAGAUCUGAAGAAGGAGCUGCUUGAUGGCAUGCCAGGUGGAAAUGCUGGAACGCCAGCACCAUCCUCUACACAGACGCCAGCAGAGAAUGGAGACGCACAGACCCAGUCCCCACAGAAGGCAAAGAAUGGAGAUACAAAUCCUGAAGAGAGCAACGACUCUAUGGACUCUGCCUUUGCCAACAAGGAAAACCUCACUGCAAAUACCAAUGGUACCUCUGAUGCAGAGAACAGCAGAGCUUCUGUCAUUCUAAAUUGUGAAGACACAAAUGACUCUGUGGCAGUGUCAGAAGCAGCAAGUGAGCCUGUGUCUGAAGCCCCAAGUGAGCCUGUGUCCGAAGCUCCCAGUGAAACAGUCAGCGAGUCCGACACCCAAGACACCCCCAGCGCUGCCUCUGCCAUCCGCCCCACAGACAGCACUGAUGAACCAGCACAGAAGAAAGUUAAGGUGGAUGAAUAGUAUGUGGAGUGAGGAAGCUUGUGUACUCUGCUACCACCUGUAUGUGGAGUGAGGUGGCUUGUGUACUAUAUUACCACCUGAAUGUGGAGUGUGGUGGCCUGCAUACUGUUAUACCACCGGAAUGUGAGUGCGGUGGUUUGUGCAUUCUUUUUACCAACUUUUUAAGCCCCACUCUGCCCUUUCCUUUUUUUUUUUUUUUUUAUUUUUUUUUUUUUCAUCUACUUCCCUGGAUGGGCCUGGUAGCAGUGCCAGGACUUGUGUAGGGAUGUAACACUGUUGUGACUUGGUCUGAUUCACCAGCAGAGCUGCACCCCAGGAAUUUGAAUCCCCCCACCCUUGUGCACUCAUGUAACAUACAUUCCAAGAGGCUUUUUAUCAUGGAGAGAUAACCUAUUUUCUACAUGAACUUUCCAGUCUGCAGCAGCAUGAGUUACUUGGCACAGGAGUGAGUUAGAUGUAAUGAAUCCAUAGCAAGGUUGGUAAUGAGCUGCUUCAGGAGGGAGACAACACUUCCAGAUAUGUAGCUUGUAGCAGAAUCUAUUCAGUUCUGCUUACAACAUCUUUUCAUUUGAUAUCCAACUAGUUAGUUGAUCAUCCUGUCAUGGAUUCAUUUCUCUGACCAUCCACUUAUGCAAUGCCUCUGGAAGGAUGCCCUCCUUGUGCAUCCAGCUGAGGAUGUGGACUACCCUUAAUUGAGUGUUUUAUUUACAGUUUGCAUAGAUUUUUUUACAUACAUAUAUAUGUAUAUAUAUAUAAGUAUUUUAACGAAUUUUGACAUUUUACAAAGUCUGUGCAGGGUUGGGUGGAUUUUUAGUGGUGCAACCUGCAUUAUGUUCAUUGCACGAAAGUCUUCACAUACAGUCCACUGCCACAGAGUGAUUUAGGCUCACCAUCACAUCAUUCAUUAGUAUUUGUCCCUCAGUUUGGAAGGUUAGACUAAUGGCAGAACUUUCUUGACAUUACAAUAAAGGCCUUUUGGAGUUGCAUUAGCUUUCACAACAGUGUUACACAAUGUCCGGGAACCCACAUCACCAGGAAUUAGUCCCAGUAGGCCUUGCAUUCUUAUAUUGAGUCCUUGAUUGAUAGGUUUUAGUUAUUGUUUCCUUACAGAAUGAGUGAAAAAUGAGCCUGGGAACAUACAAGUUUCAAGAUGGGUUAAUGUGGCACAUUUUUUAUUCCAUUUCAAGAAAGGAAAACAAAUAAGUGAGACAUGUUAGGCAAGGGCUUACUGUAUGCACAUCAUUGGAUUAUUUAAUUGAUUUAGGUAUUACAAGAAUUUGUAUUGAUUAAUUUUCUGGAGUGUUAGUAUACUUGAUUCAAGCUCCUUGUAUUUCAUCAUUCAUAAACACAUACUUUUGUGUAUGUUUUGUUUGGUAUUUGCAAAUGUUGAAUUUUAUUAUUGGUAAAGUAAUUUGGGGAUCCCUCACUCAGUCUGCUCCACACAAACUUUCAGGUCUCCGCAAUAAGCAUGAAUGUCUAAUCUAACCAGAGCAUACCUACAUGUCAGUGCUCUUUGCAGUGUUCUGGUAGGCAAUUUUGGGUGAUACAAAAUGGAUAGGGUGACAGCAAGUGUUGGUGAUAGUGAAUGUUGUAAGAGACCAAGUGGCAAGUUGAUAUUAGUAGGUAACAGGCAUAAAGAAAAGAAACCCACCACUAUAUUCUGUUUGAACAUCUUAAGUUUAGGUAAUCAAGUAUAUUACCCUUGCAAAAUAAUCUGAAUUUAAAUUUUACACCUUGGAAUGACCACCUAAGGCUAUCUAGAAGACUAGAUAACUGCUAUUACUUUCACUUUCUCCAUUUUACAAUCUAAGGUUAUAGUAAUUCGAGUAAUAAGGAGUAAUUUAAGAUGUCAUUACUAAAAGAUGUUUCAUUACUGUUUACAAGAAUAACUGAUGAAUAUAUAUAUAUUUUUUUUUUGUUUGACAUACAAGCAUGUAAAAUGAGUGAGGAAGAAAUCAUUGAAGAGCACACUUUUUUGCUAUGUAUAGGUCUAUAUAUGUAGCAUUCACAUGUGGCUCCAAACCUCAGGCUGCCCCUCUGCUACACACUUCUAUUUAUUCAAGUUCUGUAUUUAUUUUUGUUGUAUUCCUUGGUAAACAUUGUAUCAUUGUGACAGGUACCACAUUCUGUUGUCAAGCAAAGGGCUAGAUGUCGGCACGUGAGGCAGUGCUGACUCAGGCAGUGUGGGAGACAUUGAGCGGGUCAUAAGCUAUUCAGGUGGAGGAAGGUUGUGCACCCUUAGUGGGAAGGGCAUUCUGAGGGGGGGGUGAGAUAUUCAUGUCUUCAACAGAGGCUCCAACACCCAGGCAUGGCUGCAGAUUAGUGCCUCGUGGACAAUAAAUUUUUAUAUGUCAGCAAGGAAAUACGUUGGCAGAGGAAUGCCUGGUGUUUUUGUAGCAGGUCCCAUGCUGCACAUCACUCCCAUGCUGACUCCCUCCCCUCCAUUCCUUCCCUAAAGCUAUCUCUUUACAUUCCCCCUUCCCUUCAUUACUUUAUCCUACUUCAUUUGCUCCCAACACCAUCUAACAUUUCCUUCCCCUGCCUAUUCUUGGCAAGGAGCCAUGGAACUGCCCAGAGAAUUUGCUUCCCCUGCUUGAGUAUAAUUUAUCUCCCCGUCUUCUAGAUAAACAAGUUUCUUAUAAAUCUUUUCACUUAAGCAAGACUACAUUAAACUGUCUGAAAGUAACCUGUUCCAUUACUAAUGGAAAUUUGUAUAUAUGGACGUAGAGGCCACGCUACACUGAAGAUGGAGCAUAGGGAUUUCACUGAUUAGCACAUUGAAUUUCUGGGGCUUCAUUAGUUAAUCAAUUUAUUAUUACUUGUAGCUUAACGCUGAACAUCUGGACGAAGGAAGACAAUGCUCUGGUAACUGAAAUGUCAAUUUUUUUCCAGUUCAGACCGGACUGAUUUUGUGAGGGUUGGAAGACUCCUGGCUUCUUUGGCUCCUGUAAGCACUAUCCCUCUCCUCCAAUAAUAAUAUCCUGCCUUGUAUAGUCCCAUGGAAAAAAAAAAAAAUGCUUAUUUUUCUAUGUAAAAUCAUGAGAGGACGGCAGUAAGAGCACCGUCCUAGAAACAUAACCCGAGCUCUGUCUCCUGACCCCUCUCCCUUCCUAACCCGCCCUUCUCCCUCUCUGUCCUGCCCACUCCCCCAUCAUCCUAUCCUGGGAGGUCAUUGAUCAUUGUGGGUCUGGAGAUCAUCAUCAUUGUAGGUAGUUGUAGGUGUCAUUAUUAUUUAAUCAGUAGACUUGCACACAAAUACCUGAACUCUAGACUUUGGGGCUGUACAGGUGUGCAUCCCUGGUCUUACUUCAACCAAUUAUUACUGAACAAUGAAAACCUUAUUAUUAAUGAAUAAUAAAAAAACUGGAGUGAAUGCUACCACAGAUAUGGCCUUACACAACAGGAAGAUUUGGUGUUUUAGUAUAUUCUAUUUCAGUUUUAAUGUGAUAGAAUUAGUUCAAAUAAAGGAUUCACACCAGAA